GUCAAAACAAUCAGUAGGAUUCUCCUGAUUCAUCAAUUUCAAUUCGAUUAAUGUUUUCUGCUUUGUUUCAAUCGUUUGUUAGGAAAUAUAGUUAAAUUAGUAAAAUCUGUGAUCUUUAGAGAAACGAUUUCGCAGUUAUCCACGAAGGAUGGGAAAUUUAUUCGGAAAGUCAGCUAGUAAAACCAAAGUGAGCAGAGUGACCGAACAGGACAAAGCGAUUUUGCAACUGAAACAACAACGAGACAAACUGAAACAAUAUCAAAAACGAAUCGAACUACAAUUAGAAAAGGAUCGUGACAUGGCUAGGAAAUGUUUGGCUAUGGGACGAAAAGAACGAGCAAAAACUUUGCUCCGCAAGAAAAAAUACCAGGAGAAGUUGCUCACGAAUGCCGAUGCGCAACUUGAAACAAUAGAAAAACUUACCUCUGACAUCGAGUUCGCUCUGGUGGAAGCGCAAGUCAUCAACGGUCUUAAGGUUGGCAACGAAGCGCUGAAAAAGGUUAACGAAAUGCUAUCAAUCGAAGAAGUUGAACAGAUAAUGGAUGAAACGCGAGAAAGUAUUGAAAAGCAGCAGGAAAUUGACUCCCUGCUUAACGGAGUACUCACAGAUGAUGAUGAGGACGAUGUCCUGGCAGAACUGGAGCAACUUGUAGGUGAAGAAAACGCGGAAGAUCGGUUAGAUGUUGAACCAGAAGAUAUUGGUGAACGGCUGCCAGAUGUCCCGGAAGACGAUCCAGCUCGCGAGAAGAAGCGAAAAGAGAAGGAUUCUCAACGUUCAGCAAAAAAAGUUGCCCUCGAAGCAUAAAUACAGAAUCCCAAUCGCUGCAUGACAUGGUUCUCGUCAAAUGUUAACAGUUGCACAUUUCAGUUGAUCUGGAAGUUUUGGAAAAAAAUACUUAAUUUGUUUUAAUUUUGUGCAACAUACACAUAAUAGUAUAUUUGACACAACGCAACGUUGCCGAACAAUAAUUUACACACUGUAAAUACAAUCACCCAAAUAAAUAUUCCUGUGUUCCAGUUUCUCUUGGUACUGGACCAAAUCAAAUAAUUUUUUUCU